UGCUUUCCUUCGAUUCUUUCUUCCCCGGCUCGUCUCAUUGACCUCAAAACGACCACCAUGUGAACCGACCAAUCAUGGCCGCCCUAUUUCCUCCGUUAUAUACGCUACCACCAAACUCCAACUCAACUCCUCUUUCUCUUCGACAAGAGGCAGAGAGAGGUGAGAGGAAGAUAGACACAGGAAAAAGAGAGAGGUAGAGAGCCAUGGCGUCCACCGUGCCGCUUGGAUACAUGGAGAACACGCCGGCGGUGCCCUCCUGGCUCAACAAGGGGGACAACGCCUGGCAGAUGACGGCGGCCACGCUGGUAGGUCUGCAGAGCGUGCCCGGCCUGGUGAUUCUAUAUGCCAGCAUCGUCAAGAAGAAGUGGGCCGUGAACGCCGCCUUCAUGGCGCUCUACGCCUUCGCGGCUGCGCUCAUCUGCUGGGUGGUGCUUUGCUACCGCAUGGCGUUCGGAGAAAAGCUCUUUCCUUUCUGGGGAAAGGCCGGCCCGGCGCUCGGGCAGAAGUACCUCAUCGGCCGGGCCAAGCUGCCGGAGAGCGGACGCGUCCACAAGGAUGGCACGGUGGAAGCCCCAAUGGUCGAACCUUUCUUUCCCAUGGUCUCGCUGGUGUGGUUUCAAUUCAUGUUUGCCGCCAUAACCAUCAUUCUGCUGGCGGGGUCGGUGCUCGGGAGGAUGAACAUCAGGGCGUGGAUGGCGUUCGUGCCCCUCUGGUUGAUCUUCUCCUACACUGUUGGAGCGUUCAGCCUCUGGGGUGGCGGCUUCCUCUUCCAGUGGGGAGUCGUAGAUUACUCGGGGGGUUAUGUGAUUCAUCUGUCUUCUGGCACUGCUGGAUUUGUAGCAGCCUAUUGGGUUGGACCAAGAUUGAGAGGCGACAAAGAGAGGUUUCCACCCAACAACGUGUUGCUUAUGCUUGCUGGAGCAGGACUGCUAUGGCUGGGCUGGUCUGGGUUUAAUGGCGGAGCACCUUAUGCGGCUAAUCUUGUUUCCUCCAUGGCUGUGCUGAACACAAAUAUAUGUGCUGCUACAAGUCUUCUAGUUUGGACGACUCUUGAUGUCCUCUUCUUUGGAAAACCUUCGGUCAUUGGUGCUGUACAAGGAAUGAUGACAGGCUUGGUGUGCAUCACCCCUGGUGCAGGAGUAGUCCAAGCUUGGGCAGCCAUUCUUAUGGGGAUAUUAGCAGGAAGUGUGCCUUGGGUCACCAUGAUGAUUCUGCACAAGAGGUCUGCUUUGCUGCAGAACGUGGACGAUACGUUGGGCGUGUUCCACACCCAUGCUGUUGCAGGUCUGUUGGGAGGUGUUUUAACCGGGCUGUUCGCUGAACCGGUGCUUUGCCGGAUGCUCUUGCCUUUCACCAACACAAGGGGUGCCUUCUAUGGGGGCGAAGGCGGAAUCCAAUUAUUGAAGCAAUUGGCUGCUGCUGCUUUUGUCAUCGUUUGGAACAUUGUAUCCACUACUCUGAUCCUCCUCUUUAUAAGACUUUUCAUGCCAUUGCGCAUGCCAGAGGAGCAGCUAAUUAUUGGAGACGAUGCAGUUCAUGGUGAAGAAGCUUAUGCUCUCUGGGGAGAUGGAGAUAGGUAUGAUGUAACCAGGCCGGAAGUCUACCCAGAUGGAGAAAUGCGGUCAGGGACUCGUUUUAGUCCAGUUAAUGGUGCUAGAGGUGUAACCAUCCAAUUGUAAGCUAUGUUCAUAGUGAUGAAAGGUGAUGGAGUCGUUUCCGCGUCCAGUUCUUGUAUUAAGUUGUACGCUUCUCUUUGAAAGGCAUGCGGUGUCCAUAUGGUGCCUUAAAGAGAACGCACAGUAUGUACACAGACCCAGAGCUUUCGAGUUUUUGCGAAAUUUGAUUUCUUA